GAAGCUUUAAAAGAAGGUAAAGAAUUGGCGAAAGACUUGGGUUGUAGUGAAUCUGAAGAUUGGUUACAAUUUUUGCGAAAUGUCGACCCAAAGGAACUGGUGGCUAAGACUAAGCCAUCGACACGACCAGUAUUUGGCACUGAGUUUCUGCCCCUUUCCGCACAAAAGGCUUUUGAAAUCAAUCAAUUCAAUUCAGACAUCGACUUAAUUGCGGGCAUAAACUCAAAUGAGGGGUCAUUCCUGUCAGCCAAACACUUGCCACCAUUAGAUGAAGUCAUGACUGUUGAUCACUUCAAACAUGGCGUUCAAGUGGCUGACAAAAUGUUUCACGGAUUGGACGAAAGUAAGGCAUUUGCAGAUAUUUUUAAAUGUGGUGAUGAGAUGUCGAGUGUCGCACACGGGAUGGAUUUACCCAUUGUAUUUGGAUGGGGUUUAACCCCAUGGCAUGGCAUGGUUCACCUGUUCAGUGAUACCGACGCCCAAUUCAGUAGAGAUGUGAUGAGAAUGUGGACUAAUUUCGCAAAAUAUGGUAAACCGGAUGAUAAAUGGCCGCAAUUGUUAGGUGACAAUAAUGUGCCGAAAGUAAAGAAUUUAAACCCCGACCCAACUCUAAAACCAAUGGAUGACCCGUACGGUCGAGUCUAUAAUGAGUUCUGGAGUCACUACUGUUGGAGUAUCGUUUUUUGUUGUNAAACUAAUGUUGACGUGAAAACCACUUCUGGUGUAGUGAGGGGUCAGACAAUACAGGUAUUGAACACAACUAUUAAUGAGUUUUUAGGCAUACCUUAUGCCGAACCCCCGGUUGGAAAGCUUAGGUUUGCUAAACCAGAACCUAUUAAAACACCCAUAAAAGAUAUAAUAGAUGCGACAAAAUCAAAGGAUUCAUGCAUUCAAAAUCCAAUGGAUAUGUUUCCUAAUCUUACAUUUAGUGAGAAUUGUUUGUUUGUAAACGUAUGGACUCAAAAUGUGGAAACCAAUGGCCCAUCAAAACUAAAACCAGUUAUGUUUUACAUACACGGAGGGGGUUUAGCCGUGGGAUCAAUAUUUACUUUAAAUGGUAGUGUUUUGGCCACCAAUGAUGUGGUGUUUGCCUCAACCAGCUAUAGAUUGGGUCAAUUAGGCUUUCUAUAUGGGGAUCAGGAGGACGCGCCCGGAAAUGUCGGUUUUCACGACCAGUUAUUGGCACUGAAAUGGGUAAGAGACAAUAUCCAUGCAUUUGGAGGGGAUAGGGAUCAGAUCACUAUACUCGGUGGGAGCGCAGGUAGUUGGUCCGUAUCGGCUCACAUAUUGUCUCCUCUAUCGAAAGACUUAUUCAAGAGGGCUAUUAUGGAAAGUGGAGCUCAUCUGUACAAUAAGGACAGGGAUAUAAUCAGCAAAAGUGAAUCAAUACUUGUGGGCAAACAAAUGGCUACGGAUUUCAAAUGUAGUGAAUCUGAGGAUUGGUUGCAAUGUUUGCGAAGUAUUGACGCAAAAGAGUUCAAUAAAUACUCAAAACCGAUGACAUAUCCGGUGUUGGGGACAGACUUUCUUCCGAUUUCUGCACAAAAAGCAUUUGCAGACAAAAACUUUAACUCAGAUGUGGACAUUAUAGCCGGUAUCGCCACCAAUGAAGGUUCACUACUGGCAAUGUCCUUUAUUCAGCCCAUUGGGAACACCACUUUGGAUGACAUUGAAAAGGCUAUCAAAGCGGUUGAUGAUGUUUACCAUAAUCUUGAUGUUAAAAAACUCGAAGAUUUUUAUUUGAAAAAUAUAGACAUAACCAGUCCAUUGGCAUUGAGGGAAGCCUUUUAUGAGUUGGUCGGCGACUUAAUAAUGAAAUGUCCCACAUACCAUUUUGCCAAACAAUUUGCUACGAGUGUCCAAAAUAAGAAAAAUGUUUACUUCUACCAGGUUACUUAUAUGAGCCAAGCAUUUGCUAAGCAAAUACAUUGUGAUAUCCCAGGGAUGGGAAUAUGUCACUGUGCUGAGGGUGAUUUUGUAUUUGGCAAUCCAUUCAUUACACCCAAUAUUUAUAGCGAAUUGGACAGACAGUUUAGUUUAGUGUUAAUGAAAAUGUGGACCAAUUUUGUCAAAUAUGGGGGUCAGACAAUACAGGUAUUGAACACAACUAUUAAUGAGUUUUUAGGCAUACCUUAUGCCGAACCCCCGGUCGGUGCGCUUAGUGAGAACUGUCUGUUUGUAAACAUUUGGACACAAAAUGUGGAAACCAAUGGCCCAUCAAAACUAAAACCAGUUAUGUUUUACAUACACGGAGGGGGUCUGAGUAUUGGCUCUGUAUUUACUGGAAGUGGUAGUGUUUUGGCCACCAAUGAUGUGGUGUUUGCCUCAACCAGCUAUAGAUUGGGUCAAUUAGGCUUUCUAUAUGGGGAUCGGGAGGACGCGCCCGGAAAUGUCGGUUUUCACGACCAGUUAUUAGCACUUAAAUGGGUCAGAGAUAACAUUCAUGCCUUUGGUGGGGACAGGGAUCAGAUCACUAUAUUUGGUCAGAGCGCCGGUAGUUGGUCAGUAUCAGCACACAUACUGUCGCCACUAUCAAAAGGACUGUUUAAGAGGGCUAUUAUGGAAAGUGGUUCUCAUCUGUACAAUAAGGACAGGGAUGUGAUCAGCAAAAGUGAAUCAAUACUUGUGGGCAAACAAAUGGCUAAGGAUUUCAAUUGUAGUGAAUCCGAGGAUUGGUUGCAAUGUUUGCGAAGUAUUGACGCAAAAGAGUUCAAUAAAUACACAAAAUCGUUAACAUAUCCGGUGUUGGGAACAGAUUUUGUGCCCAUUUCUGCACAAAAAGCAUUUCAAGAAAUGAAAUUCAAUUCAGAUGUGGACAUAAUAGCCGGUGUGGCCACCAAUGAGGGAUCAAUGUUUGAGGCAAUCUUUGGUUUACAGCCCACUGGGAACACCACUUUGGAUGACAUUAAGAGAGCAAUCAAAACGGCUGAUGAUAUUUACCACAAUCUGGAUAUUCAUAAACUCGAAGAAUUUUAUUUGAAAAAUGUUGAC